UUUGCCAUGGUCCUGGUACCUGAAGCGAAGGACCAAAACAAGGCAGCGAAAGGGAGGAGAAGGGGCAUGGCACGGUCCCCCACGGCCACCCCUGCCCUGGCCUGGGCCCCAGACGACCUCUAUACCUCCAUGACAGACUACGAGCACAGCAUCCAGGACAUGGUCCACCAGCUGAGGAACGGCUCUGAGCCGGGAGACACUAAGUGCCAGGUCAACCUGAGGCUCUGGAGGUCCAACCGGAGGAGCCUGUCUCCCUGGGCCUACAGGUGAGCUUGGGACUGGGACCUCGGGCUCUGUGCUGACAGGAGCUGCAGCAGCCACGGCUCUGGCAUCAUGGGCAUAAACCAUGACGCAAUGCGGAUCCCAGCAGACAUCCCUGAGGCCCAAUGCCUCUGCAUCGGCUGCAUCAACCCCUUCACGAUGCAGGAGGACCGUACCAUGGCUAGCAUUCCCAUCUACAGCCGGCUGCCUGUCCGCCGGCUGCUCUGCCAUGUGCCGGGCGAGGUAGGGCACAAGCCCUCUGGGAAGAAGUGUCACAAGAAGUACCAGACAGUUAUGGAGACCAUUGCUGUGGGCUGCACCUGCAUCUUCUGAGGUUGCAGAACUAACCCCUGCAGCCACGCGUGAGCAUCUAACCAGCUUGCUCUUGCUUCCCGAGCUUGCCCAGCCCUCUGGGAGACAGUCACUCAGCUGAGCGUCAGGGUGAAGAGAGCCCUUGUGCAAGGCGAUGGCAGCUCCAAGAUUACCCCAAAAUCCCCCUGCAGACUCCAUCAGCCUCAGCCCAAACAGCCACUUUGGGAACACCCAGCGUGGGGGCAGCCCCUUAAAGUCCUGCAGCUGGCCUCGUAGAGAGAGACUGCCCAGAGCC